UAGCCUGUUAACUCGAAUGUUGGCAACGAUUCAAUACCCAGUUCGGUCUAACACAGAAGUGGCACGAGUUGAAUUCAAAUUACAACGAACCGAAAUUAUAAGCUUUAUUAGGUAGGCCAAAACGCAAACCCCUCCUCCUCAGCCAGAGAAUUGUGUCAAGGGAGGAAGUAACCGCGAGUCACAUUGUUACUUUUACUCAAUGGGAAACAGUACAAGGAUAAAACUGGGGAAAACGCCGUCUGGGUUUCUUAGUUAAGGCCGGCGCGGGUCCUUUUUUCGAGGCGGCGGGCGGGGUGUCGUAAUGACCGGCUGAAGCCUCUCUUCCUCUUUCGGACGCAGAGAGUCUCCCGCUGACCGCACGUCGAGCGCUUACCGCUUCCCGAGCUUGAGCCGCUGGCUCAGGCAGCAUGUCGUCGGAAGAUGACCGCAACGGCAGCCAAUCAGACGGCAGCAGGCUGAAGAGCAAGAAGCCCCCCAGUCUGGUGAUCGCCAUCCCGCCCCCUGAGGACCAGGAGAGGACUGACGCUGAGAAGCAGCCCCUGAGACCCUCCUUGAAGAAGAGCGGAAGUCUGCAGCAGUCCACAGAGGCCAUGUCGGAGGACGGCAUGUCGACCACGGCGCAGGAGAGGCGGGCGGCCUUCCGUAGGGAGACCUCCCUGUCCCAGAGCAUCCGCAGGGGCACGGCGCAGUGGUUCGGCGUCGGCAACGGCUGCGAGACCAAGCAGCAGGAGUGGCACCGCAAGAGCCUGCGGCACUGCAGCCAGCGCUACGGCCGGCUGAAGGCCCAGUACCGCGAGCACGAGCCGCCCAGCCAGGACCACACGCUGGAGUCUCCUGCCCCCCACAGCAUGCCCAAGAUCGUGGACCCCCUGGCGCGGGGACGGGCGUUCCGCUACCCCGAUGAGACGGACCGCCCCCGGACCCCGCACACGGCCCACCCGCCCCCCACCCCGGGCGUGGCCUCCCUGGCCUCCUUCACCAGCCAGCGCUCGGGCCACGCCCGCCUGGGCCGCAGGAAGAGAGAGUCCGUCGCCCGCAUGAGCAUCCGGGCGGCCAGCAGCCUGCUGAAGGGGCGGUCGGUGAUUCCCGGCGCUCAGGCCAGGCGCAGUUUUCCGCGGCGGAGCUUCGCCCGGCCCAGCUGGAUGGAGGAGGACACGGUGGACGGAGCCGACACCGGCGACUCGGUGUUCUUCAGCAAGGUGGACGUUCAUGAGGAGAUGUACUCCAUGGCGGACGACGUGUUCGAGUCGCCCCCUCUCUCAGCGACCUGCUCCUUCCACCCCUCGGCCCACUUCACCGACGUGCCUGCGGGAGAAGGGCGGAGCCUGAAGGACGUGUCGAAGCUGGACGUCCCGCGCAGGGGGCGGCGGAUCGCCUCGCAGGUGAAGCACUUCGCCUUCGACAAGCACAAGCGGCACUACGGCAUGGGCGUGGUCGGCAAGUGGCUGAACCGCCACUACCGCCAGAGCCUCAGCAGCCAGGUGCAGAAGCAGCUGGAGGACUUCGACAGCCACAGGCCCUACUUCACCUACUGGAUCACCUUCGUCCACGUGGUCAUCACCCUGCUCUCCAUCUGCACCUACGGCUUCGCCCCCGUGGGCUUCGCACAGCACUCCACCACCGAGCUGGUGCUGCGGAACAAAGGGGUCUACGAGAGCGUGAAGUUCGUUCAGCAGGAGAACUUCUGGAUCGGCCCCAGCUCGGAAGAUCUCAUCCACCUGGGGGCCAAGUUCUCGCCCUGCCUCCGGCGGGACGACGAGAUCGUCAAGCUGAUCCAGAAGGCCAAGGACCUGGAGCGGGAGUCCGGCUGCUGCGUGCAGAACGACCGAUCCGGCUGCGUGCAGACCCAGCGCACGGGCUGCUCGGAGACGCUGGCCACCUUCAUAAAGUGGAAGGACGAGAACAUCGACAUAAUACGAUCGUCUGGCGCUGUCUGUCACCAGGACCCCAGGACCUGUGAAGAGCCUGCUUCAGCUAAGCCUCACUUCUGGCCCGAUGACAUCACCAAGUGGCCGGUAUGCACCUCUCCUCGCAAGUGGAACCACACCGGGUACAGACACCUGGACUGUGAGAUCAAAGGGAGACCCUGCUGCAUCGGGACCAAGGGCAGGUGCGAGAUCUCGACGCGGGAGUACUGCUCCUUCAUGCACGGCUACUUCCACGAGGAGGCCACCCUCUGCUCGCAGGUGCACUGCUUGGACGACAUCUGCGGCCUCCUGCCGUUCCUCAACCCCGACGUGCCGGACCAGUUCUACAGACUGUGGCUGUCCCUGUUUCUGCACGCUGGGCUGAUGCACUGCCUGGUGUCGGUGGUGUUCCAGAUGACGGUGCUGAGGGACCUGGAGAAGCUGGCUGGCUGGGUGCGAAUCUCCAUCAUCUACCUGCUGAGCGGCAUCACGGGCAACCUGGCCAGUGCCCUCUUCGUGCCCUACAGAGCAGAGGUGGGGCCGGCGGGCUCUCAGUUCGGGCUGCUGGCCUGCCUGUUCGUGGAGCUGUUUCAAGGCUGGCAGAUGCUGGAGAAGCCCUGGAAGGCCUUCCUGAAGCUGGUGGGCAUCGUGCUCUUCCUCUUCAUGUGCGGCAUGCUGCCCUGGAUCGACAACAUCGCCCACAUCUUCGGCUUCCUCGGCGGCCUGCUGCUGUCCUUCGCCUUCCUGCCCUACGUCACCUUCGGCACCUUCGACAAGUACCGCAAGCGCUUCCUCAUCCUGCUCUCCCUGCUGGUCUACCUGGGCCUGCUCUCCUCCCUGGUGGUCUGGUUUUACAUUUACCCCAUCCACUGGCACUGGCUGGAGCACCUCACCUGCCUGCCCUUCACCAGCAAGUUCUGCGAGAAGUACGACAUCGACCACGUCGUGCACUAGCGCCCCGGACGCCCGUCAGGAGACCAGCGGCGCUGCGGUCUGAGACGCAGGCGCGAAAGGGAAGAAGGCGCCUGUGGCCGGGCUGUUAACGCGCAGUCAUCAUGGGUGCCCGUGCUAGGACUUCCGACUUCAUCGAAUGAGCCACCGUGACGUGACACUAGUUUAAGAGGCUGAACGCCCGCACGCGGUACGAGCGCAGGGGGGCCAGCGCGUCCGGAGAGGCAGCGCGUCCUUUUGUGGGCCGCCGAGCUUCCGUCUGAAGGACUCCAGCCAAGCUGUACGCUGUCUUUUGAUUGGUUUACGUGGAUUCCCUGCAGAAUCCUGAAGGGAACGUACGUCGCCAAUGUCCGAGUCUCCUCUUCGUUCUGUUUCACGGGGUUGGUGGUGCCAGUGACGUUUCUGGUUUUUGUUCCGCCUGAGCCUGAGCCUGAGCCUGAGCUCGAGAGGUUGAUGGAUUGGUUAAAAGUCUGAGCCUGGGUAUUCUGGGAAGUAGAAUGCUGAGUGCCUCCAGCUCAUGGUCACCUGCAUGCACUAUUAAAUCUGAUUUAAUUAUAUUGAAUCCAGGUAUGUAAUUUAGUUAUAGGCAGAGGUGGAAAAUCCAGGUUCAGAAAUUAAAAAGCCCUCCCCAGUAUUUUUUCUUCCAUCAUUUGCUACUUAGCGCAGUUCUUCAGCCAGGAGGCAGGCCUAAUCAGUGAAAUCAGCUAGGCUGAGUUCAUGGGUGGAAGAAACACACGGCAGGACUUUUACUUUCUGACUUUCUGGACUUUCCGCUCCUGCUCAUAGGUUUGGCUGGAGCAAAAACCAGGACCAUCUCUGGCACUCCGGAGCCAGGGUUGCCUACCCACCCCUGCUCUGUUUUCGUGCUUUAAAAAAAAUGAAAUAAAAAAACACUGGAUUUUCAAUCAUUUUUAACACUAAACACCUUUUUCUAUGUUUUUCCAUUCGUUUUUGGUCUUUGCAUUUCCAGAAUUACCAACAAAGGCUGGUUCGAACUCAACAAUCUUGUAUGUUGAAUCAAAACAAAAUCAUGUUGGGUUAGCUUAGGGUUUUUGUUACAAUUAUUAUUUUUUAAUUUUUUUGCUGAGAUAUAAACAUGUUAUUAAGCAUGAUCAUAAGAUGAUUAAUGUGUACUUUUAAUAACCUUCGUCAUAAAUGCUUAAGAUGAAAACAAUCAUGAGAUUUUGUUGCUUAUUACUUUUAUAACAGUAUCUGUGCUCUCAAGAAACAUAGGAAGAGAAGCUGAUGAAUGUCUCCUAAACUGUCACUUCUUACAUGUUAGACUCAGAGUGCGCCAUUUUUGUGCGACUCGCGGACUGACUGAACGACUGUUUAAAACCAUUUCCUUCCUCAUUUGUUUUUAUUUUGACUCCCCUUUCAAUGUCUGAGAGGGUGAAACAGGGAUAUUUCCAUCAACCGCAUGGUUUAUGCUGGACAGCGCUCAGGGUGUUAGCAUCUGCUUAAGACUGACGUGUUUACGUUACCACCCAAUAUGUGUGAGCUUGAUCAGCAGCUAGCCGGCUAACGUAACGUACCGCAGGAAACGUUAGUUCACGUGGAAUUACAGUGAAUUACGCGUUCGAUAUACCCACUCGAAUGGAUGCCAUGGCUUGAGCAUCUUGUUUCGGUCAUUCCACUACUUUUAAGUUUCGCGCGCUGAUACGCAGCAACUUUCACGUUGCUCUCUCCCCGUUGGGACUGUUGCUGUUGAACAGCUGAGGUGCUCGCGCGGCGCCGUCUCGCGCGUUUCCUCCUGUGCUAGCGGAUUAGCGGCGUCUGGCUUAAGCGCUGAAAAAAGGUGACUGUGAAAUGGAUUAAACCCUAAUUGAGGAGGACUGACACUGUGAGCCUUUGCGCAUGGCAGUCGAACUUCACUCGCACACACUGCAGAGCAGAACACUCAAGACAGGGAUUAGGUGUUUAAGGUACUGUACAGCUUCAUAACUGGCGUCGAGCUCGCAUUUUUUUUUACAUGUAUCUUUCUACUUUAAGACUUUAUUACCGCGUCCAUCAUCAGCACUAAAAUGCAGGCUCCUGAGUUGAGCACCAGCCCCGUGCCUUUCCCUCUCUGACUGGGGAGAAUGCUGUGCCUUCUGCAAAUUCAAUUUUGGAUUUUACAAUGUCAGUUGAACUCCGUUAUGGUUUUCUAAUGGAUUUCUAGUUGUAUGUUCAUUGAUUAUAUUUGUGUAUUUGAAAUUGGACCAAAAAAUAUUUAUUUGAACAAAAAAGGGAUGUUACUUGUUGUAGCCUAACUUUUUUUUUUUCUGAGUUGACCUUAUAUUUUGUGCAGGUCAUUUUAAUCAUUGAUUUGUAUGAAAAUAAACCACUAUUUACUUUAAAAUAAACCUUUUCUGCUCUUG